AUGAAUUGUCUUCCUAAUGUCUAUCUUCUACUUCCUAAUUGGAUACAGUCCUUGAUUUCCUCUCACAGCGAUGACGAUUCUUCAUGGGAUGGAGAAGAUGAGCAAGGGCCUAUCGAUGACUCUAGCCGAAAGACUCCUGAUACCAGAACUCCAUAUGUGCAGGCUGAAGCCACCGCAUAUGAACCAACCAUUCACCCUAUCUGCAAGCCAGAUAACUCAUUAAAAUCAAAGGUUAAUGUAAAUAGGGGUACUAGUCAAGCUGAAUAUAUAAUAUGGAAAGUUAGAGACCCUACAAAGCAAGAGCGGAGGGAGACGUCAAAAUCCAACAAUAGCAUGGAUAGUGAUAUUAUCGAGCUUCCCUCGAUACCUCCCAACAUCCCAAUCUGUACCAGGGGGAUGAUUGUUGCUCUAGGAGCGAGCAAGAUUCCUCUCUCGAACGCCCCGCCCUCGGUCACUCCGUCAAUAUGA